AUGUCCCGAGCACGUCCUCGUGCGACCGAAUUCAUCACCAAGGUUUAUGAGCGAUCCCAAAAGCCUCCGGCCACAGACAAGGGCGCUCAGGACCAUGACCUCCCAAAGCCAAUAAUCAAACCCGACCAACGAGUCAGAACGACGGCCAUGCGUAUAGCUAAGGCUGAACGCGACGAGAGAAUGGACAUUACGCGCGUUCUGACUCCAGUCAAGACGUUUAUGGGUGGUUUUACGCGACCACAGAACCUCUCAACGGCCCAUUGGUUUCCUGGAGGCAGCUACAUCAUUAAAGGACGGGUCUACGAGAAGCCUUCCCCAGCAGCCUACGAAGCACACACCGUUUUCCUUCUCGAGUCCCGCUACCACAUACGAUACAAGCCGGGCAGAACAGAAGCACCAGAAUAUAUCUACGGAGUAUGCCGCGAAGCUGACUUGCCGGCUGUUUUGCGCAACUACAACUCCAAGCGGACACCACUCAAUAUUCGGACGAUAAUGGACAACGCGAGAUGGCCUUGGGGACCUCAGAAGAAAAGAAAAAGAGUUUUCGGCGGCUAUGUUUCUGAGCCACAGACCCCUGUGCCCGUUGAUGAAGACCAGGCAACACAAACGCGAGAGUUAUUACAAGACAGCUCCCCAGUCAACAUCCUCUCCUCCUUACGCGCUUUUCAACCUUCAGCAGAAGAAGAAAUCACAGACAAGCCCGUCACAUCUCCUGGUGUAGUUGAAGCGGUGCCGCCAACUGAAGACGAAGAACUUGCUUCAGAAGAAACGGAUCUGUCACUGUUUGUGCCACGAUCCGAAUAUCUGCAGACGCUGGAGAAAACGCCAUUUUGGCGGCCUGUCAUUACUCUCACAGUUUCGACAAGACCUCUAGCGCUCAGUCUACUGAGAUUGGCCAACCGACAUGCCACCGGCCUCCCAUUUUAUGCAUCUGUCUCAGAUGACGAUCGCAAAUCGUUCACCAGUUUCCCUGCUCGAAUGCGCUCGCUCAGACUCCGUCGUAUCCAGGAUUUGUCUCUUGAGCUUGCGUCUGUGCUCACUGGGGCCCGUGGUGGUAUUCCUGGAAUCAGAUUUGAGCAUGAAAGCAACGGACGUGGAAUCGCUGGUGAGGGCCUCGCGGAUCCUAUCCCAUGGGAUAAGCGGGUGAUUCAUGUUGGACUGGGGACCAGUCUGCCUUCUUGGGUGCAAAGUGAGUUUCCGAAAGUGUUACUUGGCCGGGCAAAGGUGGAAGUUCCAGGCUGGAAACCUUUCGAGCUCUAUCAUGUGGAUGACUUUGGCAACCGGUCACGCAUGCUAGAUGGGCAGGCUCUACCUUGGGCUCGACCAGAGCAUUCUUUUGCGGACCGGAAUCUGGAGGAGUGGUACACCGAGUAUUGCAUCUUAAGGAGGGUCUUGAAGAUCUACCAGUCGGCUGCGGAGGAGUUGAAUCGAAUGAGGGAUGAGGGCAAAAUGAGCCAACGAACACGAACGCUCGUUCCAAACCCCAAUCAAUCUAUUGAUUCAAGUCAGAUGGUUCAGCCAGAGGGUAACGUGGCGUCUAGAGAGCAGGAGGUAAAUAAUGAUGGUGAAAGUGGCGAAGUCGAAGAGGUUUUGCUGGAGGACGAUGGGCCGGAGGACCCUUCUUUCAAAUCCGCCCGCCCCCUAAUGUUCAUCCGCGAAGGACCUGAUGCUCUCAAGAACUUUUCUCGCCGUGUUUUGGGAAUCAUUGACGAAACCUCAUCUUUGGACGAACUGGACGAGCCUCCUGACUUCGUUGUUCUCAGGGGAGGACCUAUUGACGGAGAGAAGCCACUCUCUGUCACUUCCACAACGCCCAUUCUUGGCCCACGCGACCCGCUGACGGGCGAGUUACAUCGCACCGCAGUACUGCAGGAGAUGGGUUACCUCCGAUUCGUGCCUUUGAAUCUGGCUAUCAGAGCAGUGACUCGUCGAUACCAAUUGUGGGCUGUUAAAAAGAAGGAGGAACUCAGCAGACAGUUACCCACGCGACAUGCACAAGUAGACUACCCAGAUACACCCAGACGACUUUACUAG